CAAUAAAUGCAGAGGAAGAGACUAUUCAAUGAAGAAGACAAGCACAAGAUGUGGAGGAUCAACUGGAAAUUACUCAAUACCGAAGUUAUUUCUCCAAAGAAGAAAACCCUCACAAUUGAUAUUCAGGAUGAGGAAGAUUCUGAAGAAUACGAAGAAAUACCAGAUGUUCCCAAGGAUGUUUACUUAAAAGCAGUUCAAGAAUAUGUUGCUGAAAAAACAAGAAUACACUCUCGAGUCUUAAACUCUAUGGGACUGGAGCAGGGUGGAAAUAGCGAUGAACUUUGCCUUGAAAACCCUGGGGUGCACUCCACCUUCAAGCCAAGUACAAAGAAGCCUUUUAAUGCGCUGAAUUGAGACACACAUUUAAGCAAAAGUUCGUCCAAACUUAGUACAUUGGGAAGAAGCAGGAAUGUAACUUUCUCUCAGACCAGGACAGUCAGGCGGGGUGCCACAACUCUCCACCAUUACAGUUUGCUCAACCAAAUAAGGCUGAAUAAAAAGUCCUUACUAGACUCAGAAGAUUCCUUGCCUGAUAUAAAUAAGAAGAGAAGGAUGCUUCCACAGAUUUUCAAAGAGAAAGAAAUGUUUUCAACAAUGGAGCCACUUAGCCCGAGGAAAUGAUUUGCUCUGUCUCCUGAUAGAAUGGCUCAAAGGGUAAUGGAAAGCAAGUUGGGCUCUACAGGUAAGUAUUUCAAGAAUUAA